AUGGCUCCAAUCGACGUGGAAAAGACCAUUGAAGAGCUCACCUUGGGCGAGAAGAUUGCGCUCACAUCUGGUGAGUACAUUCCUUGUGCCACGCCUCUCAGAAGCAACCUCCGAUCCCGUGCCGCAUUCCAGCGCUCCCCCUCAUUUGACCCCAUUUCAUUUCCCAAUUUGGCUGAUCUCUCCCCCUCCACAGGACGCGAUUUCUGGCACACACAACCUGUCCCUCGCCUGAACAUCCCUUCCUUGCGCACAUCCGACGGCCCCAACGGAGUUCGCGGCACCCGCUUCUUCAAUGGCGUCCCAGCAGCGUGUUUUCCCUGCGCAACGGCUCUCGGUGCCACGUGGGAUGCCGACCUUCUCGCGGAGAUCGGUACCUUGAUGGGCGAAGAGGCGAUUGCAAAGGGAACACACGUCAUUUUGGGCCCAACCAUCAACACUCAGCGCUCCCCUCUGGGAGGCCGUGGCUUCGAGUCCUUUUCUGAAGAUGGUGUGCUGUCCGGGACACUGGCUGGUUACAUGGUCAAGGGCAUGCAAGAGAAGGGCGUGGCCGCAACGUUGAAGCACUUUGUCUGUAAUGACCAGGAGCACGAGCGGUUGGCUGUGAACGCCAUUCUCACAGACCGGGCGUUGCGUGAGAUCUACCUAAUGCCUUUCCAGUUGGCCAUGCGCAUCUGCCGGUCGGCCUGCGUGAUGACAGCCUACAACAAGAUCAAUGGCACCCAUGUUAGCGAGAACAAGGCAAUCAUUGACGACAUUCUUCGAAAGGAGUGGAAAUGGGAAGGCCUUAUUAUGAGUGACUGGUUCGGAACGUAUUCCGUCUCCGAGGCCAUCGAGGCUGGUCUCGACCUGGAGAUGCCUGGCAAGACCCGUUGGCGAGGCGAGGCUCUCUCCCACGCAGUGACCUCGAACAAGGUCGCAGAGUUCAAGCUGGAUGAGCGUGUGCGCAACGUGCUCAACUUGGUCAACUGGGUCGACCCCCUGGGCAUCCCCGAGGGAGCCGAGGAGAAGGCCUUGAACCGCCCCGAGGACCAGGCCCUGAUGCGACGCGCUGCCGCCGAGUCGGUCGUACUGCUCAAGAAUGAGGAUAAUAUUCUGCCUUUGAAGAAGGACGGAUCGAUCCUCGUCAUUGGCCCGAACGCGAAGAUUGCUUCUUACUGUGGUGGCGGUUCUGCCUCUCUGGCUCCAUACUACACGGUCAGCCCCUUCGAGGGAGUUGCCGCGAAGAGCUCUGGAGAGGUCAAAUACUCACAGGGUGUAUACUCACACAAAGAUUUGCCUCUUCUUGGCCCGCUUAUGAAGACCGAGGAUGGCAAGACUGGAUUCAUGUUCAAGGUCUAUAACGAGCCCCCAACUGCCGGUCAACAACGCACUGCAGUCGACGAGAUCCACCUGGUCAGCUCUUCAGGCUUCUUGGCGGACUAUGUGAACCCCAAGCUCGAGUCCCUGACCUUCUAUGUCGACAUGGAGGGCUACUUCACUCCCGAAGAGGAUGGUCUCUACGACUUUGGUGUUACGGUUGUUGGCACCGGUCGUCUUUUGGUCGAUGGAGAGGUUGUGGUGGACAAUACCAAGAAUCAAAAGCAGGGCUCCGCCUUCUUUGGUACCGCAACCAUCGAAGAGCAGGGCACUAAAGAGCUGAAGGCGGGUCAAAAGUACAAGGUUGUCUUCGAAUUUGGCAGCGCUCCGACUUCUGACCUCGACACCCACGGUAUUGUCGCAUUUGGAGGUGGUGGUUUCCGGUUUGGUGCCAGCCGCCGUGUUGGCCAGGACGAAUUGAUCUCCAGCGCCGUCGAACAGGCCAAGGAAGCCAGUCAAGUCGUCAUCUUUGCUGGUUUGACCAGUGAGUGGGAGACUGAGGGUUAUGACCGCGACCACAUGGACCUUCCUCCCGGCAGCGACGAGCUGAUCAGCCGAGUGCUCGAAGUCAACCCCAAUGCCGUUGUCGUAAUUCAGUCCGGCACUCCUAUCACGAUGCCUUGGGCGAAAGACGCCCGUGCUCUUGUUCAUGCCUGGUUCGGUGGUAACGAAUGCGGUAACGGCAUCGCUGAUGUUCUCUAUGGUGACGUGAAUCCUUCCGGCAAACUGCCUCUUACAUUCCCUCGCCGUCUGCAAGAUAACCCUUCAUACCUCAACUUCCGUUCGGAACGCGGCCGCACCUUGUAUGGCGAGGAUAUCUACGUCGGAUACCGCUAUUUCGAAAAGUCCGACGUAGCCCCAGCUUUCGCCUUUGGCCACGGUUUAUCUUAUACCACCUUCACCCGUUCCGACCUCAAGAUCAGCACGGUCCCCGAGCAAGCCAAGUACGCCGAGUCGGGAGAGCCAAUCACCGCUACAGUCACCGUCACCAACACCGGAUCCGUCGCCGGUGCGGAAAUCGUGCAGCUGUGGGUUGUACCGCCGAAGACUGAGGUUAGCCGCCCUGUGCGUGAGCUAAAGGCUUUCAAGAAGGUCUUCCUUCAGCCUGGUGAGGCCAAGACUGUCGAAUUGGCGGUGGAGAAGAAGCUUGCGACCAGCUGGUGGGAUGAACAGCGAGGCCAAUGGAUCUCCGAGAAGGGCACUUACCAGGUCUCUAUCACUGGAACUGGGCCAGAGGAGCUGAAGGGUGAAUUCGAGGUCAGCAAGACGAGAUUCUGGCUGGGCCUGUAG